AAUCACAUGGCGCACUCCAAGGAGAGCCACAGUGCGCAUGUCGUUGUCGCUGACCGGGUUGGAACGGCAGGUAGGUCCUCCAGGUUUCGCUCCUCUGUCGUUUCUGAACCAAAGCGGUGUUUUUUCCCGGAGAUGAACAGCGUGGGGGAGGCCUGUACCGAGCUGAAGCGGGAGUACGACACCUGCUUCAACCGCUGGUUUGCCGAGAAGUUCCUGAAGGGCGACCGGAGCGGCGACCCGUGCACGGAGAGCUUCCGGAAGUACCAGCGCUGCGUGCAGGCGGCCAUCAAGGAGAAGGAGAUCCCCAUCGACGGCGUGGACUUCAUGGGGCCCAACAAGGACAAGCCUGAGAGCUGAUGGAGGGCUGCUGGGGAAAUCCUACAAAUGUACGCCACACUGAGCGGGGUCCACGAGGCCCACCGAGCAUGCGCAGGAGCGGACAAGCUGCUGUCUCUGGGGUUAGAGGGUGAAGCGGCCUCUGAAAGAGCCGUCUCGUUAAUUUUAAACUUUUCUCUUUUACUGCACAGCUCUGUUCGGACUUCGUUUCUCAGCAGAGACACUUACCGCCCAGUUUUCCUCCAGAGGGCCCAGAGAGCUGCUGUCAGCCCUGAAACUGAGCUAAAACUGUCUGAAUCCAAUUACUAACCAGCUAAAGCUCCUCCAUGACGGCCUGUGUGCGCGUUAUGAAGCGGUGGCAGCCUGUAGCUAUAAAUAGCUGUAAAUAAGAUGUGAUGCUGAAAACUCUUCCGACUGAUGUCAUGUGUGCAAAACUCAAUCUUGCAUUGUACGAAUGAAUUAAAGGGAGCUCUGUGUUGGAGCAGGACACGUG